ACGUUCCUUUCGCCUUAGCCCAAUAACGGUUGGCGCGCGGGCUGCGCGCGAUGCCGCGCUGACUCCCUGCCUCUGGCGGAGGCUGCCCGCAGUCACACCCCGGUUCUCGCGGCCGUUCCGAGGCGAGGCGAGGCGAGGCCGGGCCGCUCCUGCCGCAGAUGGAGGCCAUAGAGGAGCUGGCGCUGGCGCCCUGCGCCUCCUCCCAGUACCUGCGGCCCUACCGGCUCCGCUACCGGCAGAAUGGCACUAAGAAGUUUUGGGACUUUAUGAGGACACAUGACAGUGUCUCAAUCCUGAUAUUUAAUUCCUCUCGGCAAUGCUUUGUUGUGGUGAAGCAGUUCCGCCCAGCUGUUUACAUGUGUGAAAUGGAACGGCACCAUCCUCAAGACUUUCAAAGUAAAGACCAGGAUAGCUGGUGUCCUCUAUUGGAUCCCUUACCAGCUACAGAAGGCGUGACCUAUGAACUCUGCGCUGGCUUAGUAGACAAGCCAGGACUUUCUUUGGAGGAAAUUGCAUGCAACGAAGUCUUAGAAGAGUGUGGUUAUGACGUUCCCAUUACAAACCUGAAGAGAAUCACUUCGUACAGAUCCGGAGUUGGCGUGACAGGUUCUAAGCAAACCUUAUUUUAUGCAGAGGUAACAGAUCAGAUGAAAACUGGAGAAGGUGGAGGCCAGCCUGAAGAGGGAGAGCUGAUUGAAGUUGUAGAAGUACCUUUACAGGACUCCAUGAAAUUUGCUUUUGAUGAGCACUUCCCUAAGACAACGGGCGUUAUCUUCAGCUUCAUGUGGUUCCAAAGCAAUGUUGCUCUGGGGCUGCUAGAAAAAUAAAAAUGAGCACCAUGAUUUUCUAACUUGACAAAUGCCUUCCUGUUUGUUCUGUGGAUCAUUGAGAUAUGGGUAGAGAAAACUUUGUUAUUGAAGCAAGAGGGGGAGAUGCAUCCAAAAAACCUGAUCACAGAAUCUCUCUGGAUUUUAAAAUUAAAAUGUAGCGUGAAAUCCUGGCCUCAGUGAAAUACUGGCCCCAGUGAAAUCCAUCGCAAAACUCCCAUUGACUUCAGUGGGGCUGGGAUUUCACCCUGAGUCUCAGGAACAAAUCUUGGUCCCCUGUACAAAGUGUAGUAAAUAUGUUUUGUGCAAAGGAUCUCUGUUUUGGUGGAAAUCCUUUACCACCAUCCCUCAACGCCGCAGAGCAACACUGUAGCUGCUACCGCAGUAUGACCUAUAGUACUGAUGGCUGCUUCUCCACCGUAGUAUUUGCUGCUGUCCCUACAAACAGGGCUUUGGCUAGUAGACCUGGGUAGUCACAGACUUACCUGCCCACAUUCCCAACCCUUUGUACACACUGCCACAGAGAGAACUGCUCCCUCAGGCACAGGCCCAAUGGGAAGAAACGUCAUAUAUUUCUAAAUAUGGUGACGUUUUAUUUCAUAAGCAUGCACAAAGUGAGACAUUUGCAAAUCACCUUAAUGGUGUUCAUUUUCAAAUAUCUAAAAAUGUCUGAGUUGACAUUGGUACAAAUGCUUCUUUAUUUGUUUUAGGGAUAAUCACUGGAUUACUUAGGGUCAAAUUUUACCCUUAAUGCUCAAUUCCCAUUGAAGUCAGUGGGAGUGGUGUGCAUGUAUCCUAUCUCUUAAUACAGAUGGAUAUGAUUAUAAAAUAUCUGUUCUAUCAUAGAUCUGAUGUAGGCCAGUUGUCAUGUAAAUGUGCUAAGUGCAUCAAUGGAAAAGAAUCAAAUCUUGCCACUUGAUUGUGCAUCAAUUCUUGUUAUUCACUCUGUUAACAUUAAUUACCAUAGUAAUAUUAUGUGUGAUAAGUGGACAAGAACGUAAUGACAUUCUGUGAAGACUUGCAGUAGGAUGUGCAGCCUUGUGUAUAUAAGUUAACUGGUUCAAAUGCAUUGCAGACUACUAGUGAGUAAUUGUACCCAGUGACUGAUGUGAAGUUAGCUGGUGGCACUAGUUCCAUUCUAAAUAGGUGUCUAAAUCACAGAAGUUACCAUUGAUGUUGGUAUUUACUAGCAGCAUUGCUGGCUGUCAUAGAAGAGAGCUUAAGUAUUGAGAGGUCAUGGAGAAUGAACUAUCCACUUGUCCCUAGAGGUAAGUCUAACCUCAUUAGGGUGAAAGCACAUUUGUAUUGUUGCUGCCUGUGUUGUAGCUGUUCUGUGGAUCAACAGAGGACUUGGGUUCCUGGAGUUGUCAUGAGCACUAGAUUCACUUUGCCUUUCAUAUUUUAAAUUGUAAGCUCCUCAGGGCAUUCAUCCUCCUCCUAUGAAUCUGUAGAUCGCGUAGCACAAUUGGGCUUGGUCUCAGUUGAGGCAACUAGGUACUACUGUAAUACAAAUAAUAAAUAAUUAUUGUACCUGAUAUAGAUUUUAAUCCCUUUUUUACAGACUGCUUGUCCCCGCAAUGUGUGUUUGAUUCCUUCAAAGUUAUUACACAAUAGCCUGUCGAUCUGUGUAAUGUGGAGCUAAUACUACUAAUAAAUAUAUGUACAUCUGAAAA